CCUGACUCUCGAGCGCCCGGUGGCGUGUCAAACACGUUCACGCGCUACCGGAGUCCGCUUCCGUCUUCUGAAUGAGGGACAGGACCAGGCGGAGAUUACGGCGUCAUGGUUUAUUAUAAUUAUAAUCAUUAUUAUUACAAUUAUUAUUAUUCUGCCGAGUGAUUCUAAGACUGAAACAACUUCGUGUCGAGCGGCCAUGGACCUCUCACUUAGCUUUCUGAUGUAUAGUUGGGAGUCUUGGAUAUCCAACCUUUUUCCCAGAGACCUACAUCAUUAAGGAUCUUCAAGUUUCCGGCUCAAGAAUGGCACUUAGUACAGAUAAACAGGAUGGUUUAAGCCAAACCUCUUGACGAUUGAGACGUCUGAAUAAGAAGAAUCGGACUGUAUAGCAUCUGUUUGAGGAAAUAACGCGUAACCACGUGAUGCUCGGAAAGCGAAGAGAUGCAGCAUGUUGUGGAGAACUAAGAUUAAGCCUGUCUGAAGUGAGACUAUAACUCGUCAGGGUUGGAGAAAAGCCAUGGGAAAAGAGCAGGACCUCCUGCUGGCUGUGAAGAAUGGAGACGUUCUCGCGGCGAAUAAACUCCUCGCCAAGAUCAAGGCCAACCGAAAUAAGUUACUGAGUUCGACAAAGAAGCUGAACAUCAACUACCAGGACACAGACGGGUUUUCGGCUCUGCAUCAUGCGGCUCUCACGGGCACCACAGACCUGCUGUCUCUUCUUCUGGAAGCUCAGGCUACAGUGGACAUCAAGGACCGCAAUGGAAUGCGACCACUCCACUAUGCUGCCUGGCAGGGAAAAGUCGACUCCGUACUGAUGUUGCUGAGAGCUGGAGCUUCUGUUAACGGAACGUCACAGGAUGGACAAAUCCCUCUGCAUCUGGCUGCUCAAUACGGACACUACGAUGUGUCUGAAAUGCUUCUCCAGCACCAGUCCAAUGUGUGUACGGUCAACAAGGCCAAGAAGACCCCACUGGACCUGGCCUGUGAGUUUGGCAGGCUAAAGGUGGUGCAGCUGUUGUUGAGCAGUAACAUGGUUGCGGCUCAACUGGAGGGCAACGGGAGAGACAACACCCCCCUGCACCUCGCCGCCCGCAACGGUCACAAGGACAUCAUCAGGCUGCUCCUGAAAGCCGGAAUCGAUAUCAACAGAACCACCAAAGCCGGGACGGCCCUUCACGAGGCCGCGCUCUACGGCAAAACCGACGUCGUCAAGCUGCUGUUGGACGCAGGGAUCGAUGUGAAUAUCCGGAACACGUAUAACCAAACGGCGCUGGACAUCGUGAACCAGUUUACCACGUCCCAUGCUAGCAAAGACAUCAAACAACUGCUCCGAGAAGCUUCGGGAACUAUGCAGGUGCGAGCACUUAAGGACUACUGGAACCUUCACGACCCUACAGCUCUGAACAUACGUGCUGGAGAUGUCAUCACGGUUUUGGAGCAGCACGUGGACGGACGAUGGAAAGGACACAUCCACGACAUUCAAAGAGGAAUGGACCGAGUGGGUUACUUUCCUCCGUCCAUCGUGGAGGUCAUAACUCGGAGAUCAGGGGUCUUCCUCUCACGCCAGGCCUCGUUGCCCCACCAAAGACAACCCACCUUAGCCAGAGCUCCGCCCCCCUCCAGCCCUCACUCCGCCCCCCACACUGACGACUCAUACACUCUGUACUCACCCACUCAUCCCAACUCGCCACACCAAAACGGCGUGAACCAGCACCCAGGUUCUUCUUCAGACAGUCCCAGUGCCUUGUGUAUUCCAGCUAGUACCAAAGAGCCAGAGGAUAUUUGGGUCCUCAGGAGCUCUUUGACUGGAGACAGGAACAGUGUUGGGAGCGCGGGCAGCGUAGGGAGCAGUCGUAGCGCAGGCAGCGGACAGAGCACCGAGGGCAACUUUACCCACAAUGCACAGCAUCAGACCAGCAGCACUGUGCAGGAUAUCCACAAGGCUCCGCCCUCUGGUGGUGAACUGGGAGAACAGCAUGGCCUGCCUUUGGACGUCUUUAACGCCGAGCCUUCAGGUCGCAGGCCGGAUCAGUCCAGCUCCAGAGCCGGGGAACAAGCUGCCAGGCCGCAUGUUAUCCGCCCAGAGCAGUUGCUGGAGGGCAGGGAUGCUGACGCCAUCUACCAAUGGCUUUGUGAGUUUCAUCUGGAGCAGUACACUACAAACUUCCUUACUGCUGGUUAUGAUGUGCCUACCAUUAGCAGAAUGACUCCCGAGGAUCUCACGGCCAUUGGUGUGACUAAGCCAGGCCAUCGCAAAAAGAUCUCCACCGAGAUCAGCAAACUGAACAUCCCAGAGUGGCUACCAGACUACAUUCCAGCUGACAUCGGUGAAUGGCUUAGUGCCAUUGGACUCACUCAGUACCAGAAAAGACUAGCAGAGAAUGGGUACGACUCGGUUAACAUUGUGCGAGAUAUUACAUGGGAGGAUCUGCAGGAAAUUGGAAUCAAUAAGCUGGGCCACCAGAAAAAGAUGAUGCUUGCAGUAAAGAAAAUUGGCGAUUUGCAAAAGGCUUUGAGGAACCAAGCAGAGGGCAAUGGGACCCUGCAGAGAAGACGACACCCCACUACGCUGGAACUGGUGACUAUCGAGCCGGCCGAAGGUACCGAUGGCCCUUCCUCACCACUCUCACCCAAGAUGCUCACCUUUCAGGAUAGCGAACUAAGCACCGAGCUGCAGAAUGCUAUGAUUCAGAGUGGCUAUAGUGGCUGCCAGGAUGAGUUUGGUGCUAUGCUAAGUGGAACAACAAAUGUAUCUCUGAGUCAAGAGAGUAUUAGUACACGCUCGAGGGGCACUGGGCACUCGCAGGAGUGGCCUCUGACUUCUGUAACUUCCCACAGCCUUUCAGAUGAGAGUUUGGGCAGGUCGGACUGUAGUGCUCUCAAGGAUUGCCCAGUUCUGUCUGCCAAGAUGGCACCACCUUUACCUCUCAAGAAGCAACAGUCUCCGUGUGGCAGCUCGCCGAUCACACCAAGCAAGACGACUCGGUUAGCAACACAGUCUAACCCUGGAAUCUUAGCAAAACCGGACGGUUCAUCAGUCCAGAGAGGAUUUAACUACCUCCAAAGCAUCAAUUAUGAUCAGACUUGCGCUGCUGCUCAGUCCAAACCCAUUGGUGAGAAGCACCACCCAAAGAAGCGCACGCAAAGCCUGUCACGGUAUGCCCUCUCUGACGGGGAAGGAGAUGAAACUGAAACUCCUGUAUUACCACCCAACUUCUCGUACGCUACACUCACACGCAGGCCUGGCCGUGGCCAAACAAAUGCAUCUGCCAGUGACAGGCAGGUGAGUCGGACUCAAUCCUUUGUAAUACGUGCCAAGAAGAAGGGGCCUCCCCCACCUCCUCCUAAGCGCCUGAGCUCUGCCUCAAGUGCAGGACAGAGUGGUGGGGUGGAAAUCGAUAGUGUUGGUAGUGUUCGAAUCAUUGCAGCCAGGUUGGAAAAGACUGGGGAAAGCCCAAUUAAGAAUCCCAGUAGACAUACUUUCAAAUCUCCCUCGCCUGCCAAAACUAUAAGCAUUCAACAAGAGGCAACCAGUGAGGUCUUUCUGUGUGAAACUAGUCCUGCAGAGCUCAGUGAAGUAAAACCUGAGGAGCAAGAUAUGACUCUUCAGUCAAGCCAAGAGCACACAUCAUCUUUGUCUCUUCAGGGAACUUUGUGUGAAACCAUUCCAUUUGCUCAGGAAGGCAAAGGGACCAUUAAGCAACGGCCCAGAAUGGAGGUGACUAAAAUGGACAGUGAGGUCAACUUCCAACCCUUGAAACCUGCUCAGAUGCCUACAUCAUCCUUAAAAUUACCAGAGUUUAAUCUGAAGGAGUCUGACACUGUAAAGAGGAGGCAUAAACCCAAAGAAAAGGACCUGGAGACCACCGAUCAGGACACACUUCAAUUAAUGAGGAGUAACCCAGAAACGGAGAAAAUCUCAUUCUGCAUUGCAAAUGGUGGACCAAUAGGGAAUUAUUCUCCACAGAAACCUCCAACUCCCUGUAAACCAGCACGGCAUUAUGCUGCAUCUCCGUUGGUAGUAGGUGGACCUUCUCAUGUUGUGCCAACCAGGUUGGGGCAGGGGCAGGACAUUGCUUUUACCGUCUCCUCUCCAAUAAGAAGAGAGUGUCCAACUAUCAGUGGAUCCCAGGACCAAAAACAAGACGAGUUUGUCCACAUGCGAAUAGAGCAGACCAACACUUCCCUGGUGGCAGCCCUUGAAGUGGUGGAGAGAAAUUUAGCUCAGACGGAUCAGACUGACAGUGGAGUCCACACCAUGAUCUCAGCGGGUAACAUUCUGGACGACAUCGGGAACAUGUUCGACGAUCUUGCCGACCAGUUGGAGGCCAUGCUGGAUUGACCUCCUCUAGUACUUUUUGUGUAUCAUCUUCAGGGGGACAACAUCUUUUUGGCACACUGUACGAGUGUAAGAUCUCUGGUCAAGCUCUAGGUCCCUUCAAUUACUCCUUCUGAGUCAUGCUUUCUUUCUGAAUGGCUGAAAAAACUCGCUCGAUUCACGGUGCCGUGCAGCUAUAGACUGCAGAGUUUCAACUGGAGAAGUAAGAAUGAGACGAGGCACCCAUAUGAGGUGGGCUUAUAUGCUUUGUUGGCUCAGUAAGACAGAGUGUGUGGUCACUUAACUCCUGCCAGGUCUUCAAAGCACUUGCUGUUUACUGUGGAGAACGUUUUUUUUUCCCCAUUUCCUGUUGCACACAGGGAAAACUGCUAGUGUCUCAUUUCUGCUUUGUUCAGUACCUAGAGUACACAUGACCACAUAUACUUUAUAACAGCAUGAUAGCUACGACUUUUGUGUCUGAGAUGAUUGUAAAGAGUCUCUUUUUUUUUUUUUUUAAUCUAAGUAUCAUAUCUUCCAGACAAUAAUUUGCUCCUGCUAUAGAAUACUACCAUGCUCAACAAACUAAUACAUUACAUAGCAGUGUUUAUGAAAAUUGUUUUUGCAUUAUGCAGCUUUUGUUUGUCUGAUCACUGCUGAUAUGAUAAUAUUUAUCGUCUUUAACAUUGCUAUGUGAUUUUCAGUGUUAUGUUGCUGGUAAACUAAAGACAGUGUGGCUUCUGAUAUUCAUCCAUAACCACUGUAAAAACAAACUGACAUUGUUGGAAUUGCAUUUAUAUUUAUAUUCAUCUGAAGAUAUAGAUAUAAAAAAAAAAAAAUCAACACAGCUGUAAAAUAUAAGCAAAGAAAUCAUGAAGCAUGCCAGAAAAUUCUCAGGUGUUACUUUUACAGCAAAAACCUACAAACAAGGCAAAUAGUCAUAAUUGCUCGGUAACCUUCCUGCCAAAUAAAUAUUCAUGCCUAUUAUACAAACCUUAAACUAAUAGGAAUCAUUAUCUUGCUACAUUAUAUAGACAAAACUUCUCCAGCCAUAUUUGGUUCUUCCCCAAACUGUUACCAAAAGAGGCAUAAAAUUGUAUAGGAUGUGGUAGAAUUACAUUUUUCCUUCACUUGAACUUAGACACCCAAACCCCUGUGCAUAAAGCCAGCUCCAUGAAGAUCUGCUUUACAUGGGUUGGAGUGCUACAGAACUCUGACCUCAAGCUUAUUAACAGUUCUCUACACCACAAGCACAUGCCAAAAAAGUGGACAGAAUCCAGAAAAGUGCAGGUUAUUAUAACAGAAAAUGGGGACUAAAUGUGGAAUUUGUAUAUAAAAAAAGCACAUGUGAACUGGUCGGGUGUCCACAAACAUUUGUCCAUAUGGUGUACAAUGGGAAAACUACUAUAAGUGCUGGAUUAAGUGCUACUAAAAACUCGAACAAAUAGUCAACUAAUGGAUUAUCCUACCAGAUAACCACAAGAAACCACUACGGGAAGCAAUACUCUCUACAGUAAUAUGCCUAGUUCAUGAUUCACAACUGCUUUUAGAGAACAUCGAUCAUUAUAACACCAGCAAAUUUCCAUACCUGCUAGAGAAGCAUGGCUACCAUAAAAACACUAAAUAAAUAAAUAAAAUAUACCAAAUAAAACCCCACCAAAAUGGCCAAACUACUGUAAACGCUGUCCAUGGUACCAAGACAGGGUACCAUGUCUAACUAAAAACA